GAAGCGCGCGAGGGCGAACCGCCGAUUAAAGUGGCUGUAAUUUUAGAAACCGAUGACAGUUUCUAUCCACCAUGGCCCGUUACAACAAAAAACGGCCAAAUACCAGUGGCUCAGAAACUUGUAGUAGCAGCGUAGCGGACAUGUUAACAGGUCACCAGCCCGUUGGACCUGGAGGAGAAGGUGUUUUUGUGGAGGGCUCUAUUCUUCGCCUCACCAUGAAAAACUUCCUGACCUAUGACUACGCAGUGUUGUAUCCUGGACCUAAUCUGAACAUGAUUAUUGGAGCCAAUGGAACUGGCAAGUCUAGCAUUGUGUGUGCCAUCUGUCUGGGUCUGGCUGGCAAGACGGCUAUUCUGGGCAGAGGCGACAAGGUUGGGCUCUACGUCAAAUGCGGGUGCAGUAAAGGAGUUAUUGAGAUUGAACUGUACAAGAAUGGUGGUAAUUUAGUGAUUAACAGAGAGAUUGUUGUGGAGAACAAUCAGUCGUUGUGGACGCUAAAUGGAAGACACUGCAGCCAGAAAGCAGUGGAAGAGGAGGUUCAGGCUCUGCAUAUCCAAGUCGACAAUCUCUGCCAGUUUCUGCCUCAGGAAAAAGUGGGCCAGUUUGCCAAGAUGUCCAACAUUGAGUUGCUGGAGGCUACUGAGAAGUCAGUGGGACCACCAGAGAUGUAUAAGUACCAUUGUGACCUGAAAAGCUUCCGCAACAGAGAACGAGAACUGGAGAAUGCGGUAAAGGAGAAGGCCAAUUUUCUGGAGAAAGCCAAGCAGCGGAAUGAGAGGAACAAACAUGAUAUGAACCGUUACUAUGAAAGGAAGAGGCAUCUGGACGUGAUCGAGUUACUUGAGAAGAAGAAACCAUGGGUGGAGUACGAGACCACCCGCAGGGAGCUUGAGGGCGUGAAGAAGGAGCGAGAGGAGGCUAAAAAGCAGCUUGCUGCUCUUAAGCAAGCCCAUGCCCCCAUGCUGAGGAAGAUCCAGCUGAUUGAAGACCAGCUGAAGCCCACCGAAGCACAAAUAAAGGCGAAGACUCUUGAAAUCAAAGAAGCCACUCUGAAGUGCAAACAGAAACAAGAUCAGUUGGAUCAAAAACACAAAGAGAUUGAAGAUACUAAACAAUCGCUGAGACUGAAGCAGAUGGAAGAAGAAGACCACCAGAAGCGAAUCAGCAACACUAGACGGAUCAUUGAGGACCUGAAGGCAGAGCUUGCCAAAGUUGGUGACCAACCAGAUGUGACACCGCAGAUCAAUGCUGUCAAUGUCGAGCUGAGGCACAUCCAGGUGAAGAGAGCCAAGCUCGAAGGAGAGAGGUCCGACCUCCGCAGGGAGAAGAACAGCGUCUACGCUGAGCACAAAUUGUUGGAGAGAAAACUCAAUGACAUGAACAACAUGAUGAAUGCCAAAGAGGAGAAGCUGCAAGGACGCCACAGGGAUACACACAGUGGCCUCCAGUGGCUCAGACAGAACAGACACCUGUUUGCUGGAAACGUCUAUGACCCCAUGAUGCUGGUGAUCAACGUGAAAGACCAUCGUAAUGCUAAGUAUGUGGAGAACCACAUUUCAUUCAACGAUCUGCUGGCCUUUGUCUUCCAGAGGAAAGAUGACAUGGAGAAAUUCAUGACUGAGGUCCGUGAUAAGCUGAACUUGAAGGUGAACUCCAUUUCUGCUCCUGAGGAGUCGUGGGCAAAGCGGCCGCCAUCCAGAAAUAUUGAGUCCCUGAGGCGUUUCGGGUUCUUCAGCUACCUACGCGAGAUGUUUGACGCUCCUGAUGAGGUGAUGAGUUACCUCUGUUACCAGUACGGGGUGCAUGAUGUCCCUGUCGGCAAUGAACAAACUAAAGCCAUGAUGAACACGGUGAUUGAGGAGCCCUACCUCAGGGUGUUGUACACAACAGAUGAGAGGUACACAUUGAAGAGGUCUUUUUACUCCAACAAGAUUAUCACGAGUAACUCUGCGGUGAAACCUUCCCAGUACCUCUCCAUCACUGUAGACGCUGAAGAGAAGCGGCAGCUGGAGCAGCAGUUGAAGACCUGUGAGUCAAAAUUACGAGAUAAUGAUGAACGGAUGAAGGCCCUGGAGAAGGAAAUCGCUGCACUGGAUUGCCGUGACAAUGAAUUGUUGGCAGAGAAAAAGCAGCUCUCUGAACUAAAGAGCAAAAAGAGACAACUGGAGCAGAAAAUUAUUACCAAAGAGGACAGUCUCAGGCAGAUGGAGCGGAGUGUUGUUGACCUGCAGAAGAUUGAAGAGGAAACUAAAGAGAAAAUUGCAAUUGUCAAUUCGCAGAAGGUGAUCAUAGUCAAAGCAUUCGUGGCUCAAAUGAAGCUGAGAGCCCAGCUGACUAUGAAGAAGGUGUACCUGGCCUUGGAGAUGGUUGGGCUGACAGCAGAGAAGACAAAGCUGGAGAAUAAUUGUAGAGAAGCCAGUUCUGUACUCAAGACCACUGAUCAAAAAUGCAGCCAGUUGGAGCAGAGGAAGGUCCAGCUGACAGAGCAAUGCAAGGGCCUGUUGAGGAGAGCGAAGACAAUCUGCAAGAUGCAAACUGAUGAGCCAUUUCCUGAAGACCUGCGUAAUGCUCUCAGCAAGUUGCCUGACACGCUGGACGAGAUCGAUGCCAUGCUGAACGAGGAGCAGUCCAGAGCUGAGUGCUUCGCUGGCCUCAGUGAAAGUGUUGUUGACGAGUACAACAGGAGAGAGCAGGAGAUCAAGCAUCUGGAGAAAGAGCUGGAAGAUAGGAAUAAUGACCUGAACAUUUACAGACAGAAGAUAUCACAGGCUAAGGAGCAUUGGCUGAACCCGCUGAAGCAGCUGGUGGAACGGAUUAAUGGCAAGUUCAGUGAAUUCUUCCGCUCCAUGCAGUGUGCAGGAGAGAUCGAUCUGCACUCAGAGAAUGAGGCAGAGUACGAUAAGUAUGGUAUCCGAAUUCGGGUGAAGUUUCACAGCAACACUCAGCUCCACGAGCUGACACCUCACCAUCAGAGCGGAGGCGAGCGCAGCGUCACCACAAUGCUCUACCUAAUGGCCCUGCAGGAGCUCAACCGCUGCCCCUUCAGAGUGGUGGAUGAGAUCAACCAGGGAAUGGAUCCUGUAAACGAGAGGAGAGUCUUUGACAUUGUGGUCCGCACGGCCUGCAAAGAGACAACAUCCCAGUACUUCUUCAUAACACCCAAACUGCUGCAGAAUCUUCAGUAUGCUGAGGAGAUGACCAUCCUUUGCGUCUACAACGGCACCUACAUGCUUCCCCCCAACCAAUGGGACGAGAAGGCUUUCAUCAGACGGCGUCUCCAAAGAAAAGCCAAACCUUGAAUAUACCAAGCUGACACAAACUGCCUGGAUUCAGUUCGUUUUCCAGUUCAGUGAGUUAAAAAUGUAAAGUUGUAAAAGUGAAACUGAAGUUUAUCAUUCACUGUGAAGAAUUCCUGUUUAGCUCUUUGAAACUUAAGAAAAAGUUUUGUUCUAUGGAAGACUUGUUCGCAUAAUUUGUUCUUCGUUUCAAACAUGACAUAAAUACUUAACUGUUUCCUCAUUUGCACAUUUUUCUGUCUGUGCAGCAACAUGCUCUCAUGUGCACAUUUCAUAAAAUAUUAUUGUUUCUUUUCUUACUGGGUAUAUUACUCUUCAUGAAAUAUCUGAUACCUUGUAUGCUUUUCUUGAACACUGCUUCAGUGUGAAAUGGGUAAUGAUAUUUGCUGGAAAAUAUACACAGUAUGAACAGAAGUUAUUUCAUGCUAAAUAAAUUAUAUAAAAAA